AAACGACCUGAAUUUUUGUCACGAGCAUCGCCAAAACUUUUCUCCCCUUCUUGUGCUCAUUUAUUUUCGGUCGCAACUUAUAUUUUGGUGGAAACAGGCGCACUGUAGAUGAAAUUUAUUAUGAACCUUUUUGAUUUUGUUGAUUUUCUUUGAAAUAAAUUACACAUCUCGGUGCAACAAGUUUUGGAUUUUUGCUGGCAAUACAUUUCAUCUACAAGCAAAUUAUUAACGUAAAGGGAACGUAACGUAAACGAACGUAACGUAGACUAUGAUAAUUUAACUUGAAGAUACAAGAAUUCGACAACACAAAGAAAACAUGAAGAACGCAGAGGAGUGUGCACCAGAUCUAAUCCAAAAAGCUAAAAGAAGUAGAACUAAUGCUAGAAGCAAAUUUACAAGAAAGUGCAACGCAUUUGUCGAACUAAAUGAACGAGGUGAACAAUUUUUAGUACUACAAGAUAAAUUCAACGAUAUACGCGACAUUUUUAAGGAAUUGGAUAAUGCAAACGACCGACUUAUUGAAACGAUAAAUGAAAACGCACCACAUCACGUCAUGGACGGCAUGCUCGAAGAUUGUGAUUCAUAUAUGGAAGAAGUCGACUCCGUUCUCGAUCGAAUGCGAGCAAUAUACGCCUCUUGUGUUUCCAAAUCAUCUUCAGAGACGUACAGAUCUUCACAAAUUCAUGUAAAGGCUCUUGAUUCACCUCGCUUCGGAGGAAACAUUCGAGAAUACUCAAAUUUUAAGCAAGAUUUCACAAGAUUAAUGGUAAAAACAUACGGCAAGGACGCAUAUGCGCUCCGAUCAUGUUUAUAUGGUCCGGCUCUUCAAACCGUUAGAGGAGUCGAAGACGACUACGACAAAAUGAUUGAACGGUUGGACAAAGUUUUUGGAGAUUCGCGAAAAUUCGUCGAUACCAUCAUUAGCGACAUUAAAUCAAUUAAGCCCAUACACGACGGCGAUAGCAAGAAAUUCAUUUCAAUGGUUGACGUUAUAGAAAGAUGCUGGUUGGACCUUCAGCGAAUGGAUAUGAGUGAAGAAAUGGACACUGUUGCGAUGGUCAGCAUGAUAGAGAAAUUGCUCCCUCCAGUACAAAAGCGUGAAUGGAUAAUUCAUGUGGACACGAAUCGUAUAAAUUCCAAGGGGAUGUUCGAAGAGCUUCUGCAAUAUCUUUUACGCGAAAAACGAGUGAUCGAAUACACUGAACACGACCUCCGAACCGACAAAUCACGAACGCCUCAUCCUGCGACUGUAAAUCAAAUCGAUCGACCGUCUACAUCACAUUCAUCUCAUCGACCCUAUAAUCAUUACGCACCUGUCCAGACGCAAGAUAAUCAAAAUCAUUCCAGUAUCGUUUUUACAUCACGUCCAUGGUGCUGGUUGCAUAAAACUAACGGACAUUUGAUUGAAAAUUGUAGCGAUUUUUUGAAGAUGACGUUUACAGAAAAAUUUGAAGCCGCACGAAAAUUUGGUGCUUGUUUUAAUUGCCUUCGAGCUACCAGACACAUAGCUAAAAAUUGUUCGGAAUCAAACAAGUGUGACGUCAUAGAAGCAAAUCAAAGAUGUGGAAGACGGCACCAUCCUCUACUGCACAAAGCAUAUCUACCGGAACGUAAAGAACCUCAAGCCAGCCAAAUUAGUAAUGUACAAGUAAAAGAAAAUCGUCCUUUGUUGGCAGCUACUGCGGUUCAAUGUAACAAGCAGCGAGUUACUGUUAUGUGGGACUCUGGAGCGAACAUAUCUCUUAUCACCCACCAGGCAGCUGAACGACUCGGAUUACAAGGCAAUGAAGUCAGCCUAUCCAUAGUCAAGGUAGGGGGAGAACUCACGUCAUAUACCACCAAGGAAUACAAAGCGCCUCUCGUUGAUCUGGUCGGAAAGAUCUGGAUAGUGGAUGCAUACGGAAUAGACGAUAUCACUUCAAAUCUCCAGCGCGUGGACAUACGGCAAGUUGAGGGCCGGUUCCCUGGUAUUGAUAUUUCGAAAUUCACCAAACCUGAAGGAAAAAUCGACAUGUUAAUCGGCGUAGAUUUUUGCACAAUGAUGCCGACAGUUGUAAAAACAGUUGGGAACAGUCAACUGUUAGAAAACCAAUUCGGAUUCUGUAUAAGGGGAUCGUUUGGAGCGACGACAGAAGAAACCGAACAUACUAAUGCGACGAUCCGAAUCAACCAUACGAGCUUCGACCCACACCAAGACGGAAUCAAGAGAGAGUCCCCAAAACACAUUGUAACCGAAUUAGAGAACUUCUUUGAAAUUGAAAGUCUCGGUACAAGACAUAUACCGAAGUGUGGUGGUUGUCGAUGCGGAAAAUGUAUAACCGGAACGCAUAAUUUCACUUUGAGAGAAGAACAUGAGCUGCAAAUGAUUCGAAGUGGAUUGAGAUAUGAUAGUGAAAGCAACAAGUUCACGAUUGAAUAUCCCUGGAUCAAAGAUCCGAACAAUCUCCCAAAUAAUAUAGGAGCAGCAAGAGCAAAGCUACGGUCAAUGGAGAAUCGAUUACAAAGAUUAGAUCAUGAUUAUCGUAAGGCUUACUGCGAUCAAAUGACAGACAUGGAGAAACGCGGAGUGGCAAGGAAAUUAUCAAACGAAGAAAUUGACAGUUAUCAGGGACCGGUGCAUUACAUUCAUUAUCAUGAAGUGAUCAAACAAAAUUCGUCGUCUACCCCAAUACGUAUAGUAUUCAACUCAUCAGCUUCGUAUAUGGGCCACGUGCUCAAUGAAUAUUGGGCCAAAGGACCGGAUUUUAUAAACAAUUUAUAUGGUAUACUUCUGCGAUUCAGGGAAUAUCCAGUAGCUAUCACGGCAGACAUCUCGAAGAUGUAUAACUCUAUACAGCUCUCAACGCGCGAUCAACAUGUCCACCGAUACCUCUGGCGCGAUAUGGAUAAAAAUCGAGAGCCGGAUCAUUAUAUUCUGACGGCCGUUCCAUUCGGUGACCGGCCAAGUGGCACUAUCGCGUUAACCGCUCUCCAUACAAUAGCAGAGAGGUUCAGAGGACAGUAUCCAGAAGCAGCUGCCAUGAUCACUAGAAACAGCUAUGUGGAUGACUUGGUGCACUCAGUUCAUAAUCCAGACGAGGCUCUAGCAAUCGCCUCACAGGUGCAAGAUAUUCUAGCAAGUGGCAACUUCAUGAUCAAAUAUUGGACAAUUUCGGGGCAAAUUGAAUUGAAUGAUGCAAACAUUCGUGUGUCAAACGAAAGCAAUGAAAGGAUACUUGGAAUGUUAUGGAAGCCAGCGACUGACUGGUUUGCGUUUGAAAUGAAACUUAACCUUACAAAAGAAGAAAAGAUCACCAUCAGCUCGAAUCCGUCCAUGGAGGAAAUAUUACGCGUGAUACCGCCCGUGUUGACACGAAGGAUGUUGUUACGGCAGACAGCAACCAUCUUUGACCCACUCGGCCUCAUUGUACCCUUCACCAUUCAAGGUAAAGUUUUGAUGAGAAAACUUAUAACCCGUCAAGUCCCAAAUCAGCAGCUUGACUGGGACGAGUCCAUACCAGAAGAAUGCAAAGGCGAGUGGAUCACUUACUUAGCGGAUAUGUUUAGACUGAACCGCAUACAUUUUACAAGAUGUCUACAGCCCCCAGACGCAGACAGCGAUCCAAUCCUCAUCAUCUUUUCCGACGCCAGCUCACAGGCCUACGGAGCGUGUGCAUACGCCCGAUGGAAGCUUAAAUCUGGACAAUACAAGACCUGUUUAAUAACAGCAAAAAGCAAAAUAUCACCUAACCGUCAGCUCAGUAUUCCGAGGUUGGAGUUAUGUGGAGCUGUGUUAGCCUGUCGUUUAGGUCAAACGAUUUUGAAAGAAAUGACUUACAAGUUUCAGGAAGUUUUAUACGUGGUCGAUUCAAUGAUUGUUCGGUCACAAAUACAAAGGCAGUCAUACGGAUUCGGGACGUUCGUGGCAACCCGCAUCGCAGAAAUACAAGAGAAAUCAAGUCCAACUGAAUGGUGGUGGACCGGAGGUCGCAACAAUCCGGCUGACCUGACGACCAGAUAUACCAAGCUGGAGGAGCUGGACGUGAAUAGUGUGUGGCAAUCAGGACCACAGUUCUUGAAUUUUCCGAGAGAAUCGUGGCCCAUGAGCCAAAAGCCGUAUGAACACGAAUUGCCCGACAGUAUCGUCGUCAAUCUCACGACGAUUGGAACCAACACUGCCAGGCACGACAUUUGCAAUGACAUUGCAAUUGAAAAUUUCAGCAGCUAUGAUAAACUUAUCAGAGUCACUGCGAGAUUGUUGAGCAUUGUGGAAUCGGAUACAAGAUCCCUGAAGAGCAUCGGCAAACCAUUGACAGUGGAAGUCCUAUCAAAGGCCGAGGAAUUAUGGAUCAGACAAGCUCAAAGAACAAUUUUGGAAAACUGGCAAGUUCGGUUUAGGAGGCUCGGUCCUAGCCUAACGGAUGACGGUAUCAUUAUUGUAGGAAGUCGCAUUGCCAAAUGGCUCAAGGAGAAUUGGAAUCGAGAUUGUUACACGCUUCUACCAUCAAAUCACCCGUUAACACAUCUGAUCGUCCGCAAAAUCCACUGCCGGGAUCAUGGCGGUAUUGAUAGCACGCUAGCACAGUUACAGACGAAAUUCUGGGUGCCGGGAGCGAGACGAGUGAUUAAAAGCAUCAGGCGAGAGUGCAUCGUGUGUAGAAGGCUUUUUGAUAAGCCUUCACCUCAAGUGAUGGGACCGGUCAAUCCCAACAGACUCAAACCCAGUCCUGCAUUUCACCAUACAGCGCUAGACAUGUUCGGUCCCUUUUUGAUAAAGGAUACAGUGAAAAGAAGAACAACAACCAAGACAUAUGGAGUGCUGUUUACGUGCCUGUCCUCAAGAGCAUCGUACAUAGAUUUGGUAGAGGGUUACAGCACGCAGGAUUUUCUCCUGACGCUUCGCCGCUUCGCAACGAUUCGCGGGUAUCCUGCCACCAUAUAUUCAGAUGCCGGUUCGCAACUAACGGCUGCCAGCAGGGAAAUUCAAGACAUGACCAAUCAUUGGAAUGUCAAUGAGUUGGUGGAUGCUGGAGUCAACCACGGCUUGACAUGGAAAUUUACCAAGUCGGCAGAUGCCCCUUGGGAGAACGGAUGCAGCGAGUCCCUCAUUCGCCUUAUCAAACGGGCAUUGGCGAUAGCAGUGGGUGAUAGCAAACUGACUUUCAGUGAGCUGCAGACUGUCCUUUUCGAAGUAGCGAACAUCCUGAAUCAGCGACCAAUUGGAAGAAAACCGGGAGCGGAUCCACUCAGUGGUGCUUAUCUGUCACCAAAUGAUCUCUUGCUUGGACGCACGGGCAUCGACUCACCACAAGGGGAAUGGCCUGAAACAUCGAGGUUGGCAAGCCGAUUCUUAUUUUUGCAAAGGAUCGUUACAACAUUCUGGAAGAAGUGGUACCGGGAUUACUUCACACAAAUGAUUGUUCGACAAAAAUGGCACAUCCAACAGCGAAAUUUUCAAGUCGGAGACAUCGUGAUUGUCCAAGAGGACAACCCCGCGCGCGCGACUUGGAGGAUGGCAGAAAUAAGCAAGAUCGAACCGAGUUCUGAUGGAUUGGUCAGGGAUGUUACCCUGAGAUACAAGCCACUGACAAGCGGAUCAGAGUACAACGGACGGCCAGACAUACUCAUCAAACGAUCGACACACCGCCUGAUACUGAUCAUCGAAACAGACGAACGCACUCCGGGCGCCCCGGAGCCUCAGCGUGACCCCAGCGUGACCUCGGGACCUCAGCGUGACCCCAGCGUGACCCUGGGACCUCAGCGUGGGGGGAGUGUAUCGAGCGACUGAUUGAGCGAACGACGACUCCUCGUUCGGCAGAGAAACGACCUGAAUUUUUGUCACGAGCAUCGCCAAAACUUUUCUCCCCUUCUUGUGCUCAUUUAUUUUCGGUCGCAACUUAUAUUUUGGUGGAAACAGGCGCACUCUAGUAUGUAUUGGAUUCUUAUGAUUUUGUUAAAUUAUUCAAUAAUUCGUUUAAUUCAUCGGUGUGUCAUCUGGUACUGACGUCCUAUUCUGUUCUUCGUUUCAGGAUGAAAUUUAUUAUGAACCUUUUUGAUUUUGUUGAUUUUCUUUGAAAUAAAUUACACAUCUCGGUGCAACAAGUUUUGGAUUUUUGCUGGCA